AUGAAAUUAUUAACUAGUUUAUUUGCAAUCUUAUCUAUUGCCGUAUUAUUCUUUGGUAAGUAUAUCAAUGCUUCCAAGGAUUUAGCAGAAAACCCCCCAAUUACCCACAAGGUCUUCUUUGAUGUAACUGAAGAAGGUAAGCCAAUCGGUAGAAUCACCAUUGGUUUAUUUGGUACUGUUGUUCCUAAGACGGCUGAGAACUUUAGACAAUUAGCCAUUUCAACAGAUCCAAAGUUUGGUUACACUGGUUCGAUUUUCCACAGAAUCAUUCCUAAGUUCAUGCUUCAAGGGGGUGACUUUGAAACCGGUAAAGGUUACGGUGGUAAGUCAAUCUACGGAGGAAAAUUCGACGACGAGAACUUCGAAUUGAAGCACGAUAGACCAUACAGAUUAUCGAUGGCCAAUUCUGGUAAGAACACCAACGGAUCCCAAUUUUUCAUCACCACUGUUACUACCAGCUGGUUGAAUAAUGCUCACGUUGUUUUUGGUGAAGUUGUCGAUGGUUUCGAUGUAGUUGACUACAUGGAAAAUGUUUCUACAAGCUAUGGUGAUCGUCCAGCCAAGGAAUUAAAGAUUUCUGCUGCUGGGGAGAUUGCCGUCGAACAGAACGCUAAGGAUGAACUUUAG